GGCGGCGCGCGCGCUGCGUGUUUCCCGAGACACACGCGGAGAAGAAGCGCGAGACUCAAGAGUGCGAGCGGUAACACAAGACACUGCGUUUUAGGUCACUGAGAGAUUGUGAGUGAGUGAUCUGGCAAAGUCUUCUCACUGUCAUCUCAUCCUGGUCUCCUCAGUAAGCUGUGGCCUCGUAGAGAGGCAAAGCGCUGAUGAUGGAGAAUGGUCAAGGCAUGGGCUCCAAGCUGGCCCUGCCGCCCCUCACUCCGGAGCAGCAGGAGGCACUGCAGAGGGCAAAGAAAUAUGCCAUGGAGCAGAGCAUUAAGAGUGUCCUGGUCAAACAGACAAUAGCCCACCAACAGCAGCAGCUUACGAACCUGCAGAUGGCAGCAGUGACUAUGGGCUUUGGAGAUCCUCUCUCACCUUUACAAUCGGUGGCAGCACAGAGGCAGCGAGCUCUGGCAAUCAUGUGUCGGGUCUAUGUGGGUUCCAUCUAUUACGAGCUUGGCGAGGACACCAUUCGGCAGGCCUUUGCCCCGUUCGGUCCCAUCAAGAGCAUCGACAUGUCCUGGGACUCUGUCACCAUGAAACACAAGGGCUUUGCUUUUGUGGAGUACGAGGUGCCUGAGGCGGCUCAACUGGCCCUGGAGCAAAUGAAUUCAGUCAUGCUGGGUGGGAGGAACAUAAAGGUGGGGCGGCCAAGUAACAUCGGACAGGCGCAGCCCAUCAUUGACCAACUGGCAGAGGAGGCGCGCGCCUACAACCGAAUUUAUGUAUCCUCGGUGCAUCCGGACCUGUCUGACGAUGACAUCAAGAGCGUCUUUGAGGCCUUCGGCAAGAUAAAAAGCUGCAUGCUGGCCCGGGAGCCCACCACAGGGAAGCACAAGGGCUACUGCUUCAUUGAAUAUGAAAAGCCUCAGUCAGCCAUAGAUGCAGUGUCCUCCAUGAACCUGUUUGACCUUGGAGGUCAGUACCUGAGGGUGGGGAAGGCUGUAACCCCUCCAAUGCCCCUGUUGACCCCCACAACACCUGGUGGUUUGCCCCCUGCUGCAGCUGUUGCAGCUGCUGCUGCCACUGCUAAGAUCACAGCUCAGGAGGCGUUGGUAUCCCCAGCCCAAAUCCUCAGCCAGCAAAUUGGGCUUCCUCAGGCUGUGCUGGCGGCCCAGGCCCCGGGCUUAAUUACAGGUGUAACACCUGUUCGACCGACCCUCCCUGUGGUCCCACAGGUUGGCCUGGUUAACCCGGUGCUGGCAUCGCCUCCUGUUACAUCCACCACAUCUACAGGAACACCUACAGCCACCACGCUGCAGCUGCCUGCCGAGACCAAGAAAGAAGUAGAAGAAAAGCAGCGAGAGGAAAACGCAGCCCGGGCAGACGGUCUAGGACCAGAGCGUGCGAGUGAGCAUGAGCAACUCGGCAGCAGCGGAGGCAGACACGCAGUCGCGCAAUCAGGGUCCACAGUAAUGGUGUUGCGCAACAUGGUGGGGCCUGAGGACAUCGAUGAUGACCUGGAGGGGGAAGUGACGGAGGAAUGCGGGAAAUUUGGUGCUGUGAACCGGGUCAUCAUCUACCAGGAACGCCAGGGAGAGGAGGAGGAUGCCGAGAUCAUUGUGAAGAUCUUUGUGGAGUUCUCCGACACCGAAGAAAUGAACAAGGCCAUCCAGGCCCUUAACAACAGGUGGUUCGCAGGUCGCAAGGUUGUUGCCGAGGUCUACGAUCAGGAGCGGUUCAAUAAUAGCGACCUGUCCGCAUAAGACUGCCUCAAAAACGGCCGCCAACCUUUUCUCCACCCGCUCAAACUCACUCAGCCUCCAUCACUGCUGCUAGAGUUUUGGGCCUCUUUUAAACUUGUAAUUAUUUUUU